GUUAAAUAUGCAUAACGCUGUGAUUACUAUUCCUUAACAUGGAAAUGGAAGACUUUACAAAACAUCAAUUUGUAGACACUUUGAAUUAGGAAAUUGUUCUAUUGGAGAUAAAUGUCAAUUUGCACAUGGUUAAAAAGAAUUAAGAAAUCCAAAUGGUAUUACUAAAUUUAUGAUGUAGAUCCAAUAUUGGGUAAGAUACCAACAAUUGAUUCAAAUAUAGUUAUCACAAAUUAUAAAAGUAUCAAUUAAUGAUUAUAAAUUACAGCUGUGUUAUGCAAAUAUGAUUAAUAAGGAUUUUGUAAAAAUGGAAUAAAUUGUCCAUAUGCUCAUGGAACAAAUGAAAAAAAACAGGCCAGAUUAGCUCCUGUGUAGUUGAAAUAAUUAUAAGAAAAUAAAGAGAAUGGUGAUGAUGAAAAUGUUGUUAAAUUUCUUAAUUAAUUGACUGAUAAAUUAAUGAAAAAUGAUGCUUUUAAAAAUGACAAAGUAUAAUAUUUUGAAAUUAUAAAAAAGCAAGUUUUAGUUUAAUUGAAAUAAACUUAAACUAUGAUUGAAGAAAAGCACCAUAGAGAUGCAGCUGAAUAGUUAUCAUUAGUUUUAUCUUCUCCAUCAAGAUCCUCAAAAUAAUAAAAAGCAUAUGAAACAGUUUAUAAAACUUUAACAUUAAAUUGA